AUGUGCCCGCCGUUGGCCGGGUGCUCGACGACACCGUCUAUUAAAGACGUGUUUGUGUCCGCAGACCGUUGGGAAACUUUCUUCCCUUGGAACCCAUCCUCUUUCGAGGCACCCCUCGAUCAACACCCCCCCCCCAUACCCAACCCAGCAACCAUGGCCCAGGCCUCGCCUUCGUGGCAGAGGCUGAUGGGGCUGCUGUCGGUGCUGCUGGCACUGCUUCUCGGCGUCUCGGCCGGGUCGCACGGUGCUGCUGCCGCCGGCUGUCCCGCCGACAUUGCGUCGGCCCCGGAGAGCACUUGGUCCGUCGACUUUGACAACAGGACCAACGUCGCUGAGACUCAAUCAGAGAGCUCGUACGUUGUGAACCUGAAGGACGAGGUCACGAAGCUUGAGGCGACCAGCUUGCACGGCAUGGGCGCCCGAUCCGGCUUCGAGGCAUUCGCCGUCGAGAUCCCGGCCUCGUGCCACACUCCAAGCAUGAAGAGCUCGCUCAUCGAGCUGCCCAUCAGCUUCGCCAGUCUGCACAUGCACCUGCAGAACAUCCGGACCAAAUAG